AUGACCCAAUACAAAGUCGAAGAGCUUCUGGCACUCCGAGACUCGGUCUCUGAAUCCGCAGUGUCCAUCGAAAAGCUCGAUGUCGAUGAAUCUGUGAAAGGUCAGUCUCCCUUCGGCAUGAUUCCAGCCAACUGUCCCCAUGCAUCUCAAGGCAACACAGCCAUUUCCAACAUAACACGGCGAUGCUUAUUCUACUGCGCUCAAUUGUCUCGAGAUGAGGGUAUGCCCGCAUCUGAUUUGGACGAACUUCACGAGCACCAUCAGGCUCGUUUUGAUUCCCCGUUUCCUGCUUCCACCUCCCACUUCUCACUCUCGCUUCCCGCUUCCCUCUCACUUCUCAUAUCUUCCCCACUUCAAACUCACUCCAAAAAAACUUCCCUUGACCAAAUUAUCACGAGAUUUGUCUCUCCUUCUCUGUCUCGGUCCAACAGCGAUAUCAUGCCGCUAUAUAUCACAGGGAAAGGGUCUCCUGUUCGACGAAUCCCUAGCCUCACCUCCAGUCACAUCCGCUUGAUACCACAACACAGUCGAAGGUUUACUGACAAAUUCCUUGAAGAGCACGUUCUCCGACCUUCCUCCUCUGUCAAUUGCAUGUCACUAAAGAGUGAGAAUAUUCCUCUCGACGGGAAUUCGAAGGCAACCCGUGCAGUGAGUGGUCCUCCUCGGUGCGCCUCACAGCCUGUGAAGGAGCAAGUCUUUGGCCAUCUGGCUGUCAAGAAACCCUCUCCGACGCCCUCUAUCAAGCGUGGCAAAGCAGAACGCCUUCUCAAGGAGCACGCGUCUCCUCCGGGGAUGCGUGUGACAGCGGGUGGACGAGUCGUUCCCACGGAUUUCACUUCUUUCGUUGCUCCAGUUCCACCAUUCCAUCCUGCGGCGAGGGGUCACAUGUUCGAUAUGCGUGCAGGAAAACCUGACAGCGCCCAUCAGGCUCCAAGCCAUCACUCCAUUCCGCAAGGCUUCAUCGGUUACGACAUCAAGGGUCAGCUUUGCCAGAAAGUUGGCGACAAUCUUCUUCCUGUGCAAAUGAUCAACGGGCUUCCCCACUUUCACUUGCCGCCGGUCAACAACUUUCCCGCAAUCCCAGCGAUGUCAGCUCCCACUGCUCCACCGACGGGGCAGCAAUUUGCGAACCAGUUCGGGAAUGGAUCGUUGCCCGCUGAACCAGCCUCCGUCAAUAUUGAUGAGCAUAUCACUCACUUGGAGAAUCACUACAAGUUGCUGGACAAGGAACGCCAGCAGUUCGAACGCUUUGAAGUGAUUGAGAAGGAACGUGCUCCCGUUCACAUGCAGAGGCAGUUGAUCGAGAAGAAGCGUUGGUACAUCACGGAACUUGACCGCAUUCGCCGUGCUGCCAAGCAGGUCAAAGAGAUGAAGGCGACAGGUGCUGUCACUGUACCUGCAACCUUUGGCCUGGAAGCGAAUCACUCCGCCCCAGCGCCUGCACCGCCUCAGCAACAUGCUCCUGGUUUUAUGUUCCAGGGAAUGCCUCAGCAACUCGCCGCUCCGCAGGCUCACCCGAUGUUUCGCCAAGGCCCUGUCAUGCACUUUGAGGUCCCUCAAUACGGCCCGGUCCGCUAUGACAUGCCUCCACAUGGAUUCUACCUUCCCAAUGGAAUGCAGCCUGGCAUGCAGCCCGGUCCCGGUGGUUUCUUCCCAGUCAAUGGAGGCAUGCCGGUCCACAACUUCGGUCCGAACCCUGCAGAACCAAACGGAAUAGCCCAAGCUAAGCCUUUGAAUCCUGAGCAGCCUUUCGAUGCCGAUCAGCCUUUCAGUCGUGGCAACAAUGCCGUGGAGAUCAAAGACCCUCUCGAACGCCCCAAACAAGACUCUCACCUGGAUCCAACCAGUCCCAGCUAUGUUCCGAAGAACCUCGCCGGCACUCGCAAGGAGUCGUCUCUCAAACACUGCGACCCUGGCACGCCCACUCCUGUUGGCUCUCCGAAUGAUGGCCUCCCUCGCGCCGACCUUGCCAAGUACCUCGUCGGAGACGAUGGCGACAACCAUCAUGGCUCUCCAGAGAUUCCCUCCUCUGCGGAACGGGUCAACAAGAAGUCCAGUCAAUCCAGUGUCAGCACGAGUGCCUUCUUCCCCGUGAACACCCACGAGUACUCCACGAAGACCUUGUAUGGGGCGCGAUCUGGAGCCAACGAGGAGAACAUACCAUUUAUGUCGUCCCCAAACGGGGAGAGAAGUGCCCCUGGGGUUCCGACGAACACGCCCGCUCCCGGAGUCGAGGCAGCCCACAGCAAGGACGGAUCUCAUGCGUCCGCGCAAGAUCAUCGUCUGUCGUCGUGGACACGAGAAAGCGGACAAGUCAUGGAUCUUGCUCUCAAUAAUGGUAAUCAUGAUCUGAGAGCCCCCGUUCUCGACGGUCCGGCUUCUGAGUCCCCCGAUCGAUUCUUCACCGUACAGUUAAGCUCCGGCCGCAGCGACGCUUCGGAGGCGUCUAUCAAGUCGCUUGACUUGGGCUAUCUCGAUGGAUGGCAAACCGACUAUCGCCCGACCGAAGUCCUCCGAUCCAGCAAAUAUCGCGAGCAAUUCGGACGCGCACUUGAAGCACGACGCCGUCUUCGUGAGACAGAGCAGGGCAAACGAAAGGAUGAGCUCUCUGAUGCCGAACUCAUCAAAUCGGGCAGCCGUCCCGAACGGCUCUUGAAGUCCGAGGAAUAUUGGACCGCUUUCGAAGAGGGCAAUCACGCGCGGCACCAGCGCAUAGUGGAGAACACGGAGAACCCCAUCCCACCGCUUCCGAACGCGCCACAUCUUUCACCGCGUCGCUUCGCGCUUACAGAGCCCGACUCCAACAUCGAAACUCUCUCUGGGCUUCCAAGCAACGUGCAAGGCAAUACUAUCACGGCCUCCGAGCCCCCAAAGCGAACAUAUGCCGGCCCAACACAACCACUUCACGCACAGACAGCAUCCGAAGCCCAGAAUGCCUCCAACGUGACCACAAACGGCAUCUCGGCCAUUCAACCCAUCAACGUGCAAGCCAACAUGUGCAAGCCGACCAAAAGCAAGCAUUGCUACCGCUCCAGCACGACUUCCGGCCGCACUCGCAAUGCCUCCCGCGCUGUCUCUGCAGCCAUCCGCCCGUAUCCUGGCAACAUGGCGUACAACGACCCGCUCCGAUGCAAGUCGCCCACCAGUCCCAAAAUCAGCAACGGCUGGCCUUCCCAAUGCGACGGGGCUGUCGACGAUCUCGCCCGCGAACUCUCGCACACCACCAUGACCGCCUCCGGGCCAUCCACCGCGCCCGCCACCACGCUCAACGGCACCAUCAACCAAGACACGGCGUUCAAAUCCCCGAAGAAAGACAAGGGCAGCGCGACGCCGUCGCCCAGCAAGAAGGAGAAAGGAUCGUCGUCCCCGGCGCGGGCGAAGUUGGAGCAGAUCGCGAACAAGGUGAAGAACUUCGACAAGCGCAAAGAGAAAGGGGACAAGGAGAAGCCGGAUCCGGCGACGAUGGAUCCGGAGCAGAAGGAGAAGCAUCGGAAGGCGUGGCGGAAGCGGUUCGAUCGGGUGCGGAAGGAGCAGUCGGAGGAGAUUCGGAAGUAUCACAAUGGGCAGAGGAAUUCGAAUGGAUGA